UGAAAAAAAGGGUCAGAGAGAGAGAGAGAGAGAGAGAGAGAGAGAGAGGGUAAUUGUGAGUAGCAGUGUUGUUGGACAUGGCUGCACCUGAAGGUUCGGUUCAGAAAACUGAGGAGGAGUGGAGGGCUGUUCUCUCUCCUGAGCAGUUUCGGAUUCUUCGCGAGAAAGGGACAGAGCUGAAAGGCACUGGGGAAUAUGACAAGUUCUAUGAAGAAGGGAUUUACAGCUGUGCUGGUUGUGGAACACCACUUUAUAAGUCCACUACCAAAUUUAACUCCGGCUGUGGUUGGCCUGCUUUCUUUGAGGGUUACCCUGGAGCCAUAACUCGCACUCCGGACCCAGAUGGGAGGAGAACUGAGAUUACAUGCACAGCUUGUGGUGGGCACUUGGGUCAUGUUUUCAAGGGGGAGGGAUUCAAAACUCCUACUGAUGAACGCCACUGUGUCAACAGUGUUUCAAUUAAGUUUGUUCCUGCAAACUCUGCUCCUUCCAUUUGAAGUCUUUAUGGUGUAGAGAUGAAUAUGCAUAUUGUGUACAACCUUUGGGUUAUGUCGUUUAUGCAAACUGGAACGAACAAUGUAUUGAGCAGGGAGUGAUGGAACGAUGACUGAUUGAAAUUUCAUGCUAAUAAACCCUUGUCUCUUUACAUGGCUCUGUUGGUAGUUUUUAAGAAAAGGUCAGUUAGGCCUGCACCAUGAAAUUUAUUGUGUACAAUCUUUGGGUUAUGUCGUUUAUGCAAACUGGAAAGAACAAUGUAUUGGGCAGGGAAUGAUGGAACGAUGACUAAUUGCGAUUUCAUGCUAAUAAACCCUUUGUUUGUCUCA